AGUGACGUUCUACACAUAGAUUCCAAUUUGUUGAAAUAUGGCGGCACCACAAAAAGAAACCCGAGUAGCGGGAGGGGGAUUUUGGAAUCCCCCGCAAGUUCAGUACAGCAAACAAACACACAGUUUGCUAAAGGAAAUGAUGCAAGAAUCAAGGCUUACAAGUACGCAACAAAGAAACUUGGAAAAAUCACUAAGAAGUGGAGGUACACUUCCUCUUCAGUGCCCACCAACACAUACAAACAAGAACAAAGAAGUUGCAAAACCGAUGAAACAAAGUAAAGUACUAAAUCCAAGGAACUAUAAACCAACAGUUAGAACAAAAGAUCAAAUAGAAGCAAGUGGUGCUUAUGAAAAAACUGAUUAUACACCAGCACACAAUUCCAUGGGAAGAGACAAUGAGAAGAAUAAACAAAGAUUAGCUAACAUCAUGGCAUUUGGUGAAGACAUAGACCCACAUGACAAAAAGAAGAAGAAACUUCAAGUUCAAAUACAAGAGCCUCCUGUAGACAGGUUUGAUGAAUUGCAAGCAGAAAUAGAUGAAAGGAGAGGUUUCCUUAGAGAGAUGGAAGACCUUGGACAGGGUGGAAAAUACAGAACUGUUAUAGAAACUGAAGUCUCACAGUUGAUAAGAGAAAUGGAGAUAAUUGAUAAGAAAAGAUCAAGAGAAUUAGAAAGAAUGAUGGCAGAAGACAAAAGACGGAGAGAGCAAUCAUGAUAUGAUAGAACAUUAACAUCUGACACUACCAAAGGAGACAUAUGUUCAAACUCCUUAUAAAAUGUCUUUCAUAGAUAUAUAUUAAAAAGUUCAUUGUGCAAGAAGAACAAUCCCUAAACUGCAUUCCACAUAUAGAAAUUAUGUUUUCAUUGAGCACAAAAACCUAAACCUAAAUAAUCGUUUCUUUCCAUGGUGUCUAUUAUGAAACAGUAUAUACUUAACAUCAAAAAUGUUUACAAAUGUUCAGAAUUCCCACAUGUAAUUAUAAAAUGUGCAAUCUUUAUCAGUAUUUUGUGCUCAGCAUGAAAGACAACUGAAUGCAUCAAUUACUUUUAUAUAAUGUACUUACAGGAAGAUAGUGUAGUAAAAUAUGGAGACUUAUUUAGGAUGUUUCAAAAGUAGUACAUUCUCAACAAUGUUUUAGAUUCUAAAGUUUAAGAUUGUUUGUAUUUAAUACUGUGCUAAUCUUUUUAUGCCCUGUUGUAGGCAACGGGGGCAUUUAGUGUUACCCUUGACCGUCCUUCCGUCCAUUGCAUUUUCAUUUCCGCAUUCUAACUUAUGUUUGCCUCAUGCAAUUUUUAUGAAACUCAUACACAAUGCUAAGAACAAAAACUAGCAGACAGAGUUCGAAUUCGGGCAGUGAGUAACUUAUCGUUCUAGAGUUAUGCCCAUUUUUAACUUGGAAAAUUGCAAAGUUUGAGCGGGGGCAUUCGUGUCCUCAGACACAUUCUUCUUUUAUUUUAUUAUAUGCGUGUUAAAAAAUUAAGAAAUAAAAUGUUCAGUUUGUUGAAUUCUUUACAGCAGAAUUCAUUGAGUGUGAAGGUAAAGGUAAUAUCUUUCGUUAGCUUGCUUGCUAGCUGAACUGUGAAGUCAUUAUUAGGUUAGGUAAACUACCCUCCUUUAAGAGUAGACUAGUCUGACAGAUAACCAAACUAACUGUCUGUAGGACUAGACUACUCCGAAAGGAGGGUAGUAUACCUAACCUAAUAAUGACUUCACGGUUCAGCUAACAAGCAAGCUAACCAAAGAUUCUAAUCUUACCUACACACUCAAUGAAUUCUGCUGUAACAGCAUUUGAUAGUUAAUUUUUCAUCUAGACCAAUCCGUCCAUAAAUGGCCAGCCAUUUACAUUUGAACAUUGAAUUGAAUUGCAUGUAUAUGUAUUUAUUUAUUGGACUAGCACUAUUAAUGUGAUAGCAUAUUUUAUUAUAUCCAGGUUUAUUUUAUUUAAUGUUUAUGUGUUUUUACAUGAAUAAACAUAUUUGUAAAUAUUA